UAUGCUGUGAAUGUGGGGUGUAGUGUUCAAAUAAUAUAGCAGUGCAAUUCCAGAUUAACCUGUAAUCUAACCUGUAUAGAUAUAGACUUUAGGACAGUGUUUUGGUAAGAAUUUUUCAUUAAGAGGUUGCUGUUUGACAUGGCAGUUAUGGUAGAAGCAUGUUAUGUUGGAGCCCCAAUAAAAGAUCAGGCCCCCUAAAUUUAGAGGGCUUGUAAACUAAAUCUUCAUUAAACUGACUACAGCUCUCUUUCACCCUUUUCCUCCCAGGUUGGUAAAAUGAUGCAUUACUUAAGUACUUUGGUUAAACAAAUAUUUCAGCCAAAAUAUGCAUGCCUAAAUAAAAGUUAAUCUGAAUGUGCUGGGAUGAGGUACAGCAUCACCUAUAUGCUGGGUUUAAUUUAUUUUAUUUUUAUAUGCUGUGUCCCCCACGUGCUAAAACAUUGUAUUUUAAGUGUCUUGCCACAGGCAUUAGAACAUUGGUCGUUCACAGAAAUGCUGCUGAAUUUGUUUCUCGAAAAUGGCCGGCUUGUCCUUUGAGUGGGCGCUACUUGCAAAUCUCAGAUUCUAAUUGGUGGUCUGUUGCAAUUGUUUAUUUCCAUUGGUCUAAAAAACAUUCCCGGCUUUGCUUCCCGGUUUGUGUUUGGCUCUCCUCCUGUCUGUUCGCACCGCCCUGUAAGGUAGUGUGGGAGACCCCGUGGCCCAAAGACGUGCGCACGCGCAGACAGGGUCGUGUUGACCGCGAGGAAUUUGUGGGCAAGCGUUGUCUGAUUCUUAUCCCGGGAACACACACACACACAAAAACCACCAUAAAUCAGUUUAGUUUUAAAUAAAACACGUCCGACUCCGUCUUGAAACCAAAAUAAAGCCGACAAGAAGUGGCUGUGUCGGCAGCGGAAUUUGUAAUAUACAGCAGCGCUUCAGUUGGAGAAUGGCUUCUGAGGUGAAUGGCAAUUCUACCCACGCUAAAGAGGAGGAGGAACCCAUGGAUAUCUCAAAUGUAACUCACACAGAGCACUACCAGACACUUAUAGAUGCUGGAUUGCCACAGAAAGUAGCAGAGAGACUUGAUGAUAUUUUUCAAACAGGGUUGGUGGCAUAUGCUGAUCUAGAUGAGAGGGCCAUUGAUGCUCUAAGAGAGUUUAACGAAGAAGGGGCCAUGUCUGUGCUGCAGCAGUUUAAAGAAAGUGAUCUUUCGCACGUACAGAAUAAAAGUGCAUUUUUAUGUGGUGUUAUGAAAACUUACAGACAGCGGGAGAAACAAGGGAAUAAGGUACAGGAAUCAACAAAAGGGCCAGAUGAGUCAAAGAUUAAGGCAUUGUUGGAUCGGACAGGGUACACCCUGGAUGUGACCACAGGACAGCGGAAGUACGGGGGCCCUCCACCCGAAGAGAUAUAUUCGGGACAACAGCCAGGAGUUGGAACAGAGGUGUUCGUUGGGAAGAUUCCACGAGAUUUGUACGAGGAUGAGCUAGUACCUCUCUUUGAGAAAGCAGGCUCUAUCUGGGAUCUGCGGCUUAUGAUGGAUCCAUUAUCUGGUCAGAACAGAGGAUAUGCAUUCAUCACAUUUUGCAACAAAGACGCAGCACAGGAGGCUGUCAAACUUUGUGAUAACUAUGAAAUCCGGUCUGGUAAAUACCUGGGUGUCUGCAUCUCUGUUGCAAACAAUCGGCUGUUUGUUGGAUCAAUUCCAAAGAACAAGACCAGGGAAAGCAUCUUGGAAGAUUUCAGCAAAGUCACAGAGGGUCUUGUGGAUGUGAUUCUUUACCAUCAGCCUGACGACAAAAAGAAAAACAGAGGCUUCUGUUUCCUCGAAUACGAAGACCACAAAUCUGCAGCCCAGGCAAGACGCAGACUCAUGAGUGGGAAGGUCAAAGUAUGGGGCAAUCCGGUCACUGUCGAGUGGGCUGACCCUGUUGAGGAGCCAGAUCCAGACAUUAUGGCUAAGGUCAAGGUUCUCUUUGUAAGAAAUCUAGCUACCCCUGUAACUGAGGAACUCCUGGAGAAGACUUUCUCUGAAUUUGGGAAGUUGGAGCGUGUGAAGAAACUUAAAGACUAUGCUUUUGUUCAUUUUGAGGACAGGAAUGCUGCAGUGAAGGCUAUGCAGGGAAUGAAUGGGAGAGAACUAGAGGGAGAAGAAAUUGAAAUAGUCCUUGCGAAACCCCCUGAUAAGAAACGAAAGGAGCGCCAGGCUGCCAGACAGACUACCAGAAACACAGGGUAUGAAGAUUAUUACUAUUAUCCUCCGCCACGCAUGCCCCCUCCUGUUAGAGGCAGAGGUAGAGGAGGGAGAGGUGGAUAUGUGUACCCUCCAGAUUACUACAACUAUGAAGAAUACUAUGAUGAUUACUAUGGAUGUGAUUACCAUGACUACCGUGGUGGCUAUGAAGAUCCCUAUUACGGUUACGAUGAUGGCUAUGCUGUUCGAGGAAGAGGCAGCCGAGUUAGCAGGGGUCCCCCCCCUCUCCCCAGGGGCCGUGGGGCUCCCCCGCCACGAGGCAGAGUCGGCUAUUCCCAGCGAGGGGCCCCCAUGGGAGCCCCACGGGGGGGCAGAGGUGGCAGAGGGGGUCCAUCCCAGCAGCAGAGGGGCCGCGGUGUGAGGGGAGCCAGAGGGAACCGCGGAGGGAACGUAGGGGGAAAGAGGAAGGCAGAUGUGUACAACCAGCCGGAUUCCAAGCGCCGCCAGACCAACAACCAGCAGAAUUGGGGCUCCCAACCCAUCGCUCAGCAGCCUCUCCAGCAGGGUGGCGACUAUUCUGGUGAAGAAGCGGCAUCUCCAGCGAUAGAGUGAGGAACACAUCACAGCUGUGUUCUUCAUGAAGGGGAAGCGUGCUUGAAGCUGCCCUGCCCUGACCUGACCUGACAUGUCAUGAUGUCGGCUUGCUAGGUGGGGUCUGUGAUGAAGACAGACUAUGGACACCAGGGUAAGAAUGGAUUUUGAAUGUCUUUUUUUUCCCCUUGCCAAGGUAUACUUAUUAAUGUAAGUAAACAAAAACAAAUAAUUUGGCAUUUUUAUGCUUCAAAUUCCAAUUCUAUCAAAAAUGAUAAAGGAAUAUUAUAUAUAGGGAUUGUAUGGGGUGCUACAAGAUGAUAUCCACUUUACGAGGGGUCAGAGUUCGCCAGCCGCUCUGUCCAGCACUUCAUGAAAAUCAGCUUGUAUCUUACAUAGCACCCUAUACUAUAUUCUUAUAUAUAUAUACAGUAGUCAAAUAAGAAUGUACAUUGAAUGAAAACUACAGCAAUGGUUAAAUAUAGACUAAAUAUGUUUCGAUCAAACAUUACGAACAUUUGCCGCAGACUUGUCUACAAGGCACGCUUGAAAAGAAAAUACAAGCCAACUAGGACUUUUCAUGUUGAUGUAAUAGAUAGCACAGUUAAAUAAAGUAAUUUACCUCACUUGCACAGUAGGCUAUAAAUAGGGCUUGAGGUUUUCAGGUUUUAUUUUUGAUCACAUGACGUCCCUUUAAACUUAUUUUGAGCCGAUUCUGUUUUUCCUCAUUAAACUCAGAAAAGCUGUUAAUUACAAAACAAUGUCACUUGUUUUUACCUUCAUAUCUUGACUGAGACUGAUUCUGUUUCACUCAUUUAACAGAGUUGUCUUGAUAUAUUUUCUUGUCAGCAUAAAAUACCCAGUACAGAGUGUAUUCAUCCAUGAUUUGUAACAAAGAAAAAAUAUGCAGUCGUCUCUGGCUAAGACAGAGAUGACCACCGGACACAAUAUGCCAAGGCCAGUAACGAUAUCAAGUAAUAAAUACAAAUGUAUUUGUCACUUAUGCCAUGACGCACGUGCAUCAGCAUAUGAAAGGAACAGAAUAAGUACGAGAUAAACAGUAGGCAAGUGUCUGUUAAUAAACUAUAAUAAUAAACUAACAGUCAAACUAACAGUAAUAAACUAACUGACAAACUAAAUUAACAAAGCACUCCUACAGACAGUAAAAAUGCAACAGUGACUAUAACAGGAAUUAUGAAGAGGAGAAUUCAUUUUUAUAACAAUCGUUAUAAGCAGCAUCCCUACACAUGUUAAAAAUGCAGCAGCAGCUCCAGAUUACUCUUGCGAUGACAAGUCAGUUUUGAAAAGAUUGAAUAAACCAUUUGAAUUUGAGUUUUAUGAUGAUGAGUUAUUGGGUUGCAAAACAAAAUCUCUAUCGGUGCCAAAAGGGUGUUCUUUUAAACGACAUUCCAAAGUUUACAAUGGGAAAAUUCAGUUUCAUCACAAGGUUGUUCCCUAAGCUGAAGUGUUGUCUUCACAGCCACUAUUGCAGAAACCUAUCAUCAAAGCUGUUUACAACCAGUUGAUAAUGUACUCCUAAAAUCCAUAUUAGUUACAAUACAAUAAAUAAACAGUGCUUAAGAGGCCUUUAUAUUAUAAGCUGUUUUCCUACCAAGGCAAAUCACAGCAGUGUGCUCUUGCAAACAGUUAUACUCAUAGAUCUAUUUAUAGCCAGUGGGUGGGUGUUUCAGUCUGCUGUAACAGUCUACUGUUGGGCAUGUUUCGUUCCCCUGCCGUUACGAAGGUGUGUUCAGAUUGCAAAUCAAUCCAACAAAAAAAUGUAUAUUUAAGGUAUGUGCAAAGCAAGCUUGUGCCCCCAAAUUAACUAGUUGUUUGGUUCUAGGGGCACAUAAGGAGGCUAUGUGGUCCAGUGGUUAAAGAAACGGGCUUGCAACCAGGAGGUCCCCGGUUCAAAUCCCACCUGAGCCACUGACUCAUUGUGUGACCCUGAGCAAGUCACUUAACCUCCUUGUGCUCCGUCUUUUGGGUGAGACGUAAUUGUAAGUGACUGCAGCUGAUGCAUAGUUCACACACCCUAGUCUCUGUAAGUCGCCUUGGAUAAAGGCGUCUACUAAAUAAACAAAUAAUGAGGAACAAUUUUGGCCUACACAAAAAGCAAGUCAAGUUGAAUUGCUUUCAGCCAAAAACAGAGUCGCACGCACGCACGCACACAGACACACACACACGCUAUUGCUUGGUUGUCAGGGUAAAGCCCGGAGGUGUCUUCUGAGCGAAAAUUCAGGCUUGGCAAAUCUAAGACACAUUUGCUUCUGAUAGAGUACCAGGCUGAUGUAAAUCAUCCAGUUUCAGACUGUCUCGCCAGUGUCACAUAUGGUCCUGAGUUACGGGCUGCUGGCCCACACAGCAUUGAUCAAAUGGUUUCCUGGACGUGCUAGAGAUUGACAUCUGGUAUGACUGUUAACAAGGAGCACAGCUUCUCAAGGCUAGGCUUACUUGUAUAACAUGCUAAAUAUUUAUAAUAAAUAAACCAAUGCAACUCAAGCUGUUGCAUAAAUAAGCUUCUGUAAUACAGUGCACAUUUAGAGGAGUACAACAGUCAUUACCUUACAGUAGAUACCCUCACACUGUAUCUUCUGCUUAGUUUGAAGCAGCAGGAACACUCGACUUGUCAGCUGUCGCUGUAAAUGAUCUUGUUAUGAACAAACCUGUCAUGUAUGAAGUACAGUGUAUCCAUGUCGCUUAAACAAAGCUGAUUUACAGAAGCCAUAUUAUAGGCUUGCAUGUGAAGCAUAAUACAUGUCUGUGGUACCAAGUCCUGCCUCUUUGGUAAAAUAAUUUGAGAGACAUUGCGGUCAUGGUAUUUGACAUCUCAGCCCACAGCUCAGUAACCCAGAGCAGAUGACCAGCAUUUAAUGCAAUGCAGCAACCACGUUCGACAGCAACAAAACAGACCUGAGGUGUAUUCAGUUGAUCUCAACAGUGAAACUGUUUAGGUCAUUACAAUAGGAUCCUUGGUCUACCAAGGUUAAGCAAACCAACAUCUUUUAACUGCAUUUGAGGCUCUCCUUUUGUCUUUUAAAAGUAUGCAAUACCCCAGAGAUGGUUCUUGAUUAAUUUGGAUCUACCAAAUGAUAGUAAUCCUCUUCCACUGCUUUUUAACCCUUUCUGCUUUGUCAGAGACAUUUGACAUCACCAAGCGGAAUACAGUAUAAACGAAUGGCUAUGAAUCAGCUUAUGAUCCAGUUCAGAGCAUGCCUCUUGAUGGAUCUGCAGAGUAGCCCAUAGAAAUGGCUGCUGAUGGCUGUGCUAGUAUAAAACAGUCAGUAGUCUGUCUGUUGAGCUAAAUGAAUAGAUCCCCCACUGAUAGUUCAGAUAUUUUCUAGCUGUCUGUGAUGUAUAUAGGUUUCUAUGAAAAGAGGCUAGUGCUACUAGGUAUUGAAAUGCAUGCCUGGGGAAAACAGGAUAUUUGAGAAAGUGUACCAUAAUAUACGUAUAUCCUUCUGUACAGCUAAACAGAUUUAAUUAUUACCGUUUAGCAAAGCUUCCCUUCCCAUGCAUAGCAGAAGAGCGGGACAGCAUGGUGUGCUGACGGUGCUGCCCCCUUGUGGUGGUACUCUUCCAUGACCUUUGGGGAAUAUGCUGAUUGUUGCUGACAUCACUGACAGGUGGGCUCAAAAGAUUUCUUUAUUUUUUUUUCCAUGUCUUUAUUUAUUACAGACUUUCUUGAUUCCACAUCUUUUAGACACACUAGUUUAUAUUGUUUUAGUGCAAUAAAUGUAAAGAAAUCUGAAGUGUACAUGACAACUAAAAUGUAUUUCAAAUCCAGGUGUGGAACAGAAGCACAUUUUUAGAACACUCCCGACAGUAACAACAACUUAUAACUAAUUGUAAUUUCGAAACAAUAACAAACUGAAUUCAAUAUAGAAAUGAAGUUUAUUUGAAAUACAAAAUUAUAUAUAUGAAUUAAAUAUCCUAAAUUAACUUAAUGCAUUAUACUUUAUAGAUAUUCACUGGGGAUAUUUUAUUCAAGAAAACUGAAAGUGAAAAAAAAAAAUUAAUAAUAAAACUUAGUCUGGGUUUAAUGGUCUUAUAGGUAUAUAAAGUCAUAGCUUUGUAGCAGCUCUGGUAGUUACUUAAUCCAGCAAAGUAAUUUUGUUAAACGUCUUUAAGGUUUUUCAUGUAUAAAUAAAGUGUGUUUGUUUCAAACAAGUCUGGACUUUUUAUUUAAUCUUAAUUCCAUUUGUGAUU